AAGGGCUAGCUCGCGUGUACCAUCUGAAAAACCAAAGGAAAGGGGCCUACGAUGAGAUGACGAAGCUGAUAGAGAAAGCUCGGAACAAUCAAUCUGCCUUUGAGAAACGCUCAGAGUAUUGUGACCGAGAGAUGGCACAGAGCGACCUAGGGAUGGCCACACUGCUAGAUCCUCUGAGAACUUACCCGUACAGAUACAGAGCCGCAGUUCUAAUGGAUGACCAUAAAGAAACCGAAGCCAUUGAGGAGCUGUCGAGAGCCUUAGCCUUUAAACCUGACCUUCAACUGUUACAUCUACGGGCAGCAUUCUGUGAUUCAAUGGGUAAAUCCGCAGAGGCUAUCAGAGACUGUGAAGCUGCUCUGAGUCUUGAUCCCAACCACACAGAUACCAUCGACCUCUAUAACAAAACACGCGAACCACAACCAUAGACAAACUAAUGUGCAAUCUUAUUUAUCUCCUG